UUUUCUCAACCAUAUAUUAAUUCAUUUUACCAACUUAUGCCACUACGUCGGUCCGUUUUUACUAAAUUUUAUCUUCUGGCACUUCUUUAUAAUCUCUUUCCUCCAUUCAUUUUUUUUUCAAUAAUGCUCUUUGUACACACAAUUGCACCCACCUUAUACACACUAUAAAAGCCCCCAAAAAAAUUACCCCCACUUUUCCCUCCUCCCCUUUUCCCCUCACCUCACUCGCAUAACUCCCUCACUCCCCCCGUUUCUUGAAAAUCAAAACACCCGCCGCCCUUGAGAGUCGAAACUCCUCUCCCCCAUACUUGUCACUCAUAUCCCCAUGAGGUCUCUGCGUUUGAGGUGUGAACCGGCAGCCAUCUCCGGAACGACGCUCGCUCCCCCCCUUCUGGUGUAACUCUUCUCAAUCGAAGCCCUGUCCAAGCGAUUUGAGGUUUCAAGCGAGGAGGCCCCAUCGUCGCGCACUUGUUUAGGACGACGAAGCUCACCAAUGGUGCGAACCCCACUGUCAGAGAUGGCGGAUCGGCUGAAGUUACACAUUCCGAGUGACGAGUAUUUCCCCGCGCAGUACUCUGUGUGUUCAGACUUUAGAAAUGCAGCCAAAUGGGUAAAAAAGAGGUUAACUGAAAGACAAAGGGAAGUGUUUAGGGAUUUACCAUGGGGGCAUCUGAUUGACAUCCCAGAGACAGACAAUUCUGGGCAAAUAUUGCACAUGCUGGCCUUACACCUAGUGAAGGAGCAACCGGAUGAUGAGCUGUGGUUUGCCAUUGGGGGUACACUGUAUAAGUUUACUUAUGUGGACUUUUGCUACAUAAGUGGAUUACCACACGGUGCUGAACCAGAACUUGAAGCAGCUGCGGAAGAAGAUUCUGAACAGGAUGGUGGACAUGAUUCUGGACACGAUUCUGCCGAAGAACAUGAACCAGUUGGGGCACUUGCUCAUAAAUAUUUGGGUGACAAAGUUGACAUUACCCACGUGACUUUCAAGAAUAGAUUAAAGAAUCUGAGGUUUUCCACACGUGCUGAUUCGAUGGAUGCUGUGAAGUUGGCCUCGUUGUACUACAUUGAGUGCGUUUUGCUAGCAAAGGACAACACUACGAGGAUAAAUGCAUCAUCAAUCAGAUUGGUGAAUGAUUUAGAGGCAUUCAGGAAGUGUCCGUGGUCACUUCGUUCGUACAAGAUAUUAGUGAAGCAUAUGAAGGACCUGAUGCAUGACCAACCUGAGAAGUUCAAGGAAAAAAAGCAGGCCAAUCCUAAUUAUAAGAAUGCGAAGUUAUCAUUGUACGGUUUUCCACUAGUUUUGCAGGUGUGGGCUUACGAAGAAAUUCCUGAAGUUGGUAACAACUUUGCAAACAAAGUGGCAAAUCAUGACGUGCCUUUGCUGAAUUGGACUGCUGCACGCAAAUUUCAUUACUCAAAGCUGCGACGAGUGGUCUUUCCAGAGGAGGAGGAGAAGGUUGAUGAUUCAGAGGAGGGAGAGAAAGAAGAUGAGGAAGAAGAUGAAACAAUCCAGGAAGACGUUCGCAAUUUCCAAAAACUAAAAAUAUUGAAAGAGAUGCAGGACCUACGACUGUGUGUAGAAAGGGUGGAAAAGAAGAUUAGUGGUGUUGAGGAGAGUAUUUCAGAAAUAAAGCUGCUACUUUUAAAGUUGAUUAACAAUCAUAAUCCAUCUGUUGAGCAAGAGGUUCAUAAUGUUAAAGAUGAAGUGGUUCAUCAGGAUGAAGGUGCGGUUAAGGGUGUGGCUGAGAAGAUAGUACAAACUGCUGAGGGUGAAGAUGCUGAUGUGAUUAAGAAUUAUGCCGGUCAGGUUGACGGUGAGGUUGACAAUGAAGAGAAUCUGUCCUCGGAGGAACCAAACGAAGCCCCUCAACCAGUGCCUAUGAACACCACGGUUGUAAAUGAAGAAGCUGGUGAUAAGGAAGGUGGGACACGGGCAGAUGUCAUCAUCUCAACUGUGGUGAAUGAGGUGAAUUGGGGAAGUGAGCAGAAUAAGGAAGGGAACAGCUUCCCAGAUCUAAUGAUGUGCUUAAACGAGGAAUGUAUGCAGGUGGACGACAACCUACCUACAUUAACAGCACCUGGUCCAUUUGAAAAUUUGGAAUGGGAUGGACACGAUGUUGGUAGUGCACCGGUAGAUGUUGACGAUCUUGAACUUUUGAGGGGGGGAAAAGUGAAAAAGAGAAAACGGUCUUGUUCAAAGUACCAAUGCUCACCAUAUGUUGAACCGAUUGUAUCAAUUCUGCCUGCUAUGUUUCACCCAACUGAUGCAGAUAUUGCAUCUCUCAAGGCUUGGAUAGAAGAAGCGGACAAUGUAGAACCGUCAACGGUUGUUCUGAAUCUGCCAUCAUGUGAUGAAGUGGAUAGGGAGUUUUUCCGUAAGCUUGUUGAACCAGAGGAGACAUUAUGGUCCUAUCAUAUGGAUGCUCUUUCGUACCUGAUUCUAAAAGAUUGUAAGUCGGAGAAGCCGUAUAAGCUAAUGAAUCCUUACUUUACGCAUCAAGUAUUGAGUAAGGAUGAUAAGGAUGAGGAUGUCUGGACUGCUGAUAGGUGUCUACCAAGUGUUGACUGGAGAGGGUUGGUUAAAGUUUUUGUACCUCUAAAUGUUGUAGGUAUGCAUUGGGUGUUAGCGGAAAUUGACCUUCAAUCAAAAGUGGUGCACGUGUAUGACUCAAUGAAAACAAGUAGGUCAAGGUUGCAUGCUUCAAACUUAUGUGUGAGACUUCCGCUGCUCUUCCGAGUCAUACAAGUCCACCAAGAUGUGCGUGAGGUAAAGCAAUGGAAUGCUGAGGCAGUGCCAGAUGUACCGCAACAGGAGGGAGGAACUAUUUGUGGACUGAUGGUUAUUUGUUAUACGGAGGCACUGAUGUUGGGGCUACCCUUGAGCCCACAUUGCGAGUAUGCAAACGUGGCCAGAAAGAGAUGGCACUAUGCCCUGCGACUUUGGAAAUUGAGGAAGACAGUUUCUUAGACACAUCCACAUUUCUAUGUUUUUGCUGACAUCCACCUGUAUAGUUUUUGCUCAUGUAACAACAUUACUUUCAUGAUCAAGGUUCCCAUGUAACAAACAUUAAUUACCUGUUUUGUAUAUUUGGUAAGCUUUUGGAAAGAAAUGUAUGAUAAUGUACACUGUUGUACUGUAAUCAACCUUGUACAGUAUCCUACAAGGUUAUUCCCAAGAGGGUUCAAAUGUAGGGUGUAAUGCAACUGUAAUCAACCUUGUACUGUAUGAAGUCUCAACUGUUUCUAAAUGCAUGUGUAUGUGAAUAUAUUAUAUACAUUGGUCGCUGGGG